AUGUCUUCUCCACCUGCACCUGUGCCCCCGCCUGCAAGCCCAGGAGAGGACGUCUGUCCGCGCAACUUCGGCGAGCUCUGGGCGAAAGCCUUGCGGCGCUACAAGGAGGAGACAAAGAAAGACUUGCUCAACCUUCCGUUCGCAAUCGACUUCCCGUCAAUCCCGCCGGAUGUCGACAUUGUUGAAGCGGUCACUGCGCAUUUGAUGAACCAAAAGGAGCUAUUCAAGGUCUUUCGCGACAACGGAGAGAAGGCACGGAAGGUGUUGAAGCUCAUUGUGAAUGCUGUAUUGCCAUUCCUUGACGCAUGCGCCGAGGUUGCUUCGGAUGCGACACCGGGAGGCAAGGCUAUAUUCUGCGCCAUCGGGGCGUUAUUGCAGGCUACUAAGAGCCAUGGUGCUAUGUACGACAGCAUCGAGUCUCUCUUCGAAACUAUCAAGAACCGCCUCAAACUUAUCGAGAUCCACCUUCCCGAAAACUCGCCAUCGAGGAUGGCGCCUCCUGUUGCCCUCAUGAACAUCUUCGCCGACACGCUUGAGCAAGUGUUCAUCGCUUUGGCACUCAUAACAAAGUACUGCAAGCUGGCUAUCGGGCCCUAUUACAAGAGGACUCUCAGAGCUCUCUUUCGCCGUACAAAGGAUUAUGCUCGCGUAUUUAGUGGUGAACCAGAAGUAGCGAAGGUGCUUAAGAAUUUUGAAGUUCUCGCACAUAAGGGACUAGAGCUGGCGGUAGCGCAUAGUAACUUCAUUGCUCGCGAGCUCCACCCCUGGGUGAAAUUUGUGUAUGACCAAGCUGUUGAGGAUCAGCUUCGCACAUGGCUCAACCCCACUGAUCGGCGACCUCCAAAUUACGAGAGCAAGAGACGAGCCAACAGCUGCGAGUGGUUCUACGACGCUGAGUUUGGCAAAUGGAAGGACCAGAAGGGCGGAGCGUACUGGGUGCAUGGCAACGCUGGCUCUGGUAAGAGUGUCCUCAGCUCCUCUGUUAUCGACACACUUCAAGCGGACGAGACACUGUUUGUGGCCUACUUCUUCUUCGACACCGAGAAGCGGGACUGUCGCGCGCUUGCCUCGUCUUUAGUUUUCCAGCUUGGAGCUCGCUCCGAAAAAUGUUCCAACUGGCUUCAAGAUCAGAAGCGGCGCUCAUCUGACUCUCCCCACUACGAGGAUCUCAUUGCCAUGCUUGGAGGACUAUUGGAGUUAUCGGGUCGCACAUUUAUCAUCGUCGAUGCACUGGACGAAUGUCCUCUGGCCGCGCGCGAGGGUUUACGCAGCUUUUUCAACAUUUUCCGUGCGCCCAACAUCGGCCAGAAAGACCUCCAUCUGCUUGUGACUAGUCGCCCUGAAGCCGACAUACGAGAUCUCAUAUCCCCUCUGCAUCAUCGUGCCCUCAAUCUUCACGAUUCCCAAAAGCAUCAGGCAGACGUGAGGGCGUAUAUAACCUCUCGACUUGAUCGAAGCGUUGAGGGCUGGGCGCCCGAAGUCAAGAAGAAGGUGCAUACAUUUCUCAAUGAGAAUUCCCGGGGAAUGUUCUUAUGGGUCGAUCUCCAGCUACUGCAGCUAAGAGGCUCUAUCACACUUGGCGACGUCGUGCCCAUCCUAAAUGAGCUGCCUACCAAUCUUAACGACACAUACAAGCGCAUUCUGGAGAAGUCUGGUACAAUGCUGGCCGUAGUGGAACGGCGUCGUCGCGUCUUUGAAUGUGUCGCAUCCGCCCGGCGACCGCUUUUCCCCGCGGAGGUGGUCGAGAUAUAUUGCAUGGACUUCGAUUCUCAGCACCUGCCUAAGCAAGACGAAGUAGACCACGAGACGUUCGUACUCAGGAACUGCCCCGGUCUCCUGUGCAUCGUUGACUGGACGGACACGUCCAAUUGCCAGUUCAGAACUGUGCAAUUUAUUCACUUCUCUGCCAAGGAGUACCUUAUGUCCAUCAUGCUAGAGAGCGCUGCGACUCCUGCACGUCACCACCGCUUCGAUGAGUACUCUGCCAACCUUGCGUUCGCAAAGAUCUGUCUCAGGGCGCUUCAUGUGGAUGUCACAUACCCACACUUACGUGCAUAUGCGAACGAGCAUUGGGAAAAGCAUGUAUCGCUUCGCAACGAAGACGAUCUCGGCGACUGUCUCGACGCUUUCCUUCAGAUAGGCUCCCCAUCCUUCACCCUUUGGGCCGCCGGAACCUUCCGCCUUGAACGUGAUACCGCAUUCCAUUGCGCUGCCAGGCUGAAUCUUUGCAAUCGCGUAAAAAGGAUGCUGGACUCUGAUGGCACCCUCAUCACGCUUCCCGGCGAGGGCGGCUCUGCACUACACGAAGCGGCACCAGCAGGGCAUGUUGAGAUGUGCCAUUUGUUGCUCGACCGCGGUGCCCUCAUCAAUGACCCCGACGAUGAAGGGAACACACCUGUGCACACGGCCGCAGACCAAGGACGUCGCGAUGUUGUCGAGCUGCUCUUGCACUACCGCGAGGCAGAUAUCGAUGAGGCGGAACUCGCCGCUCGAUACUGUUCCCGCAACGACUAUGGGGUGACCCCGUUGGGCAUGGCAGUGUACGGGAAUGCCGAUAUCUGUCGCCUAUUUCUCGCUUAUCACGGAGCCCCCAUCGACGACCCUGCCGACGACGGAAACACACCUUUGCACUAUGCCGCAGCGGAAGGAUUUCCGGAGAUCGUUAGUAUUCUCCUUGAACACCCCGUGGCGAAUGGGGCGCAUCCCGGUGCUCGAUGUCGGGCCCGCAAUGACCGCGGAGAAACCCCUUUGCAUCUAGCUGCAAAUGAAGGGUACGCCGACGUCUGUCGCAUAUUGCUCAGACAUGAAGCCGCCGUCGACGAGCUCGACAAUCGAGGAGACACUGCUGUGCAUAUUGCCCACGAAAGACGCGACGCGGAUAUCGUUCGCAUGCUGUUGGAGCAUCGCGCGAAGGAUGCCACAUCGGCGCUGCCAUCUGCGCGGAGGCUCAGGAAGGACAUGUAUCCGCGUGCCAGGCGGGAACCUAACGGGCCGUGGUCGGCUAUUCUCGUGGACUUCGCGUCUCAGCUUGAAGAUCCGGGAGAUGGGUCAGACUCGGACUGA